AUGUCUGAUAGACAGAAUGGUCAGCGUGUUUCUUUGAUUGUUUCCGUUUCACGUGAGAACAUGGAGUUUGCAGAGCUAAUAAAGACACCCAGGGUGGACGGGGUUGUCCUGCACCGGCCACCGUUCCUGCCCACAGUUGAGGGGACGCUGUGUCUUACAGGACACCACCUGAUUCUGUCCUCCAGACAAGACAACACGGAGGAGCUGUGGCUGCUCCAUUCAAAUAUAGAUGCCAUAGAGAAAAGAUUUGUGGGUUCACUUGGAAGCAUCAUUGUCAAAUGUAAAGACUUGAGGGUUAUAAAGUUGGACAUUCCUGGUAUGGAUGAGUGUUUAAACAUUGCCAGUUCUAUUGAGGCGCUAUCCACUCUGGAUUCUGUGACUCUGAUGUACCCUUUCUUUUACCGCCCCAUGUUUGAAGUUAUUGAGGAUGGCUGGACCACUUUUCACCCUAAAGGUGCUUUUAAAGACCUGGAAUCAAUGACCGAUGAGUGGAGGCUGAGCGAUGUCAAUAAGGACUUUAACAUCUGUCCAUCAUACCCACCUGUAGUGGCUGUACCCAAAGAUAUUGAUGAUGACACUUUAAAGAAAGUUGCAACCUUCCGUCAUGGUGGCCGCUUCCCAGUGCUUAGCUAUUAUCACAAGAAAAAUGGCAUGGUGAUGAUGCGAGCGGGACAGCCUCUAUCUGGCACCAAUGGGCGACGGUGUAAAGAAGACGAGAAGCUAAUCAAUGCCACUCUGCGCCCUGGUAAACGUGGAUAUAUCAUUGAUACUCGUACCAUUAACGUUGCUCAGCAGGCAAAGGCAAAAGGAGGAGGGUUUGAAUCAGAGGCAAACUACCCACAGUGGAGGAGGAUAAACAAAGCCAUAGAAAGGUCAAAUGUGUUGCAGGAGAGCCUGAUUAAACUGGUUGAAGCCUGUAACGAUCAGUCUCACAGUAUGGAUAGAUGGCUCAGCAAGUUAGAAGCAUCAAACUGGCAGACACAUGUCAAGGAGAUCCUGACCACAGCUUGUCUGGCGGCCCAGUGCAUAGAUAGAGAAGGAGCAUCGGUGCUCGUCCAUGGCACUGAGGGGACUGACUCCACCCUGCAGGUCACCUCUUUGGCUCAGAUCAUUUUGGAUCCGGCCUCUAGAACCAUUCGAGGAUUUCAGAAUCUGGUGGAGAAAGAGUGGCUCCAGGCUGGUCACCCGUUCCAAGUGCGGUGCUCUCAGUCUGCCUUCUGCAGUACCAAACCCCGCCAGGAGGCGCCAGUGUUCCUCCUCUUCUUGGACUGUGUGUGGCAGAUUCUUCGACAGUUUCCGUGCUCCUUUGAAUUCAAUGAGAAUUUCCUGGUGCUGCUGUUUGAACACUCUUAUGCCUCUCAGUUUGGUACCUUCCUUGGCAACUGUGCAGCUGACAGAGUGAAGUUGGGUCUGCCUGAGAAGACUGUGUCUCUUUGGUCCUGGGUAAACAGGCAGCAGGAGCUUGAGCGACUGACCAACCCUCUGUAUGAGGCCAACACUUUAGUGAUCUGGCCCUCUGUCGCCCCCCAGAGUCUGCUCCUGUGGGAAGGAGUGUUUCUUCGCUGGACCCGCUCCUCUAAGUGUCUGGAUGAGGCCUUCGAGGAAAUGGUUCAUAUCAUAGAGUAUAAUAAGGAGCUGCAGAACAAAGUCAACAGCCUCCGCAGGCAGCUGGCUCAACUCGAAACCGAGGAUCCACUUCUGCAGUCUCCGUAG